CUGACACCGCUCUCUCAAGAUUAAUGGUUUUUCAAGUCGUAACGUGCAACAGCCAUCAAGCCAAGUUUAUAAGCUUACUUUUAGCUUCCCUUAGCUUGCGGAUUUCGCUUUUCCAUAACCUAUGAUAAAUAGAUUGAUCUUUCAGUAUUAGUGAGUUUAUUGUUUUUUUCUUGUUUUGACCGGAGAAUCUUAUAAUGUAAUAGCCCUCUUUAAAAUUUGAGCUCAUGUGACACUCUCGUGGGAACUGUUCUUUUGUCUGCUGAUGCUCACGUGAAACCUCAACGGCAGUCACAUGAUCUGCAAACAAUGGAGUUGAAUAAAUGGUCAGUCAGCAAAUCAACUGAUCUGACAGAGCUCUAUAUACAUGUAGACACAUUUCAAUUUCUUUUACUUGUAUUACAGGUUUUAUUUAGUUCUGACUGUCUUGUUUCGUGAAAAUGAAACAAGUGUUGAGGUGGAUAUAAGAAUUACUACUAAUUUGCCAAGAUGCCUUUAGGAGCCUGGUUGAAGUUCAGACGACCUACUAUAGAGCCAGUGAUCUUUCUUUAUGCCUAUGGCCUCUUCAUGCACUUGCCCGUUAUUCAACAGUACAUCUACAAACGUGUCAGUGAUGAUAAGGGUUUCCCUUAUAGUGCAUCAUCAAAAGGGAGCUGCAGUAAUCAGACAUUAAAUGUAACUCUUAAAGAAUUGGAAAAGGAGGUGCAGGCCUUAUCAUCAUACAUUCACUUGGGAAUAGUCAUGUUUGCUUCAAUUCCUUCCAUAUUAACUGCUCUCUUUAUUGGUGCCUGGACAGACAGUGUUGGGCGUCGACCUGCCCUAGCCUUGCCCGCUAUUGGAAGUACACUUGAAGCUUUCAUUGUGCUCUUAACAAUGUACUUUGAAUGGCCUAUUUACGUGUUGUUUGUGGGGAGUGCCAUCAGCGGCACAUGUGGAUAUUUUACCACAAUGGUGCUAGCAGUCAUGGCGUACAUUGCUGACACUACUGAUGAAUCAGAUAGGAGUUUCCGCUUGGCUGUCAUGGAAUUUCUGGUGUUUUUUGGUGGAAUGAUAAGUCAACUCACCAGUGGCCUGUGGAUUGAGAAUCUUGGUUUUGUAGCACCAUACUGGUUCAUAUUUGUCUGCCUUCUUGCAUCAGUUCUCUACAUAAUUUGCUUUGUCCCAGAAUCAAGGACCUCUUCAUCCACAGUGGGCAAGAAGUUAAACAUCCGCAAAUUAUUCAGCUUAUCAAGCAUCAAGAGAGUCUGGUAUGUGUACAAGUGUCCAAGAAACGGGGCUGGAAGAAAUCUCAUCAUCUUCACACUAUGUUCUGGUGUCAUUGUUCUAACCACCCUCGGCGUGAACGGGGUCGUUGUGCUGUUCCUGUUGCACAGCCCACUAUGUUUCUCUGCGGGAAAGGUUGGAUAUUUUUCUGCAUUCCGAUACUUCUCACAAGGCCUUGGUGCUGUUCUUGGUAUAAAGGUAUUAGGGAGGUGUAUAAAUGAAGUCAACAUUGCUAGAGUUGGUAUUAUCUCCCUUGCGUUGUCACUGCUCGUGUUUGGAUUCUCUAAAUUUGAGUGGUUGGUGUUUAUGGCACCAGUGGCUGGAAUAUUUGCUGGAACAAUCACCCCUGUUUUUCGUGGCAUGAUGUCAAGAACUGUUGGUGCAGAUGAACAAGGAGCACUGUUUUCAGCCACUGCAUCCCUGGAAACCUUGUUUAACUUUAUUGGUGCCUUCAUCUUCAACUCAAUGUAUCCUGCUUCUCUGAAGUUCGAUUUUCCAGGAUUUGUGUUCUUUCUGGGAGCAAUACUAUUAAUUAUACCACUGCUACUCAUAUGCUGCUUGAAGAACCCCAGGAGCUUCUUGUCAAAGAGAGAUUUGUUCAGGUCAGGACAGCCGGAUAACAUGGAGAAAAAUUUAAUCUCACCCGGAGUCAGCAUCUCAAGUGAAUCAAGCUCAUCUCCAGUUCCGAGUCCUACACCUGAUGACACAUAUCAACCGGUAGCUUGAAAGAGAACUUGCUCCAUGCAUCAUCCGGGAAUCCAUCUAUCCAUACUGUUAACUUAGCUCUACAGUUUUCUGAUUGGUUGUGUAGUAAUCGCACGUGACAGUCGUAACAAUCAACAACCAACUGGAGACUGUACGGAUCUCCGUAGAUCUAAAAGAAAAUCCAGAUAGGUCGUGUGGCACUUUGUAUAGACCUAGGCAGAAGUGUUAUCUAAUGAUGACUUUAAUGUUCAUGUGAAUUUAUUGAUAAUAAUUAUUGAAAAUAUUUUAGACAGUAGAAGAGAGAGAAAAUCUUGAAGACUGAAGAAUUUAUUGAGAAUGAUCAAAAGUUGCAGAAUUUCAUUGGCAUCGCAAUCGAAAUUUAAACUGUAUAUUAAUGCUUAUCUUGAACAGUACAGUGUGUGUAUGUUGUAGGACAACUAUGCGAUUUCAUUUCCUUACACUUAAUAAUUUUUUUUUUGUCCUUAAUAAAGAGAGAGAAUUUAUAUGAAUUUUA